UCACCUAGGGCUAUGAAGUGGAAGUGUUUUGAAUAGUCAUCUUCAGCUGAGUGAGGAUGCUGCAAUUCUCUUCCACCAUUUUCCCAACAAAAUAAAAUGUUUCCCAAUCCAACUUGGAAAAGGACUCUCACAAAAAGCUCAUAGCUUUUCAUGGAGCUUUCGAGUUAUCAACCCGUGAAACAUUUUUCCUUUUAAGGAAAUUCCACCACUCAUCAUUCUAUUGUGUUGGCCUAGAGGUGAAGCUUUUCACAUUUCUUUUCAAGUUUGGAAAUUGUUGCUUGUUCAAUCACAACAAUGGCACUAGCUCCUACUUCAAAAGUUGUACUUGGUUCAAUAGCCUUUGCAAUCUUCUGGGUACUAGCAGUUUUCCCAGCAGUGCCUUUUCUCCCCAUUGGGAGAACUGCAGGGUCUUUGCUUGGUGCAAUGCUUAUGGUCAUAUUCAAAGUUGUUAGUCCAGAUCAAGCUUACAAUGCAAUUGAUCUCCCAAUUCUUGGUCUUCUUUUUGGCACAAUGGUUGUCACUGUUUUUCUUGAAAGAGCAAACAUGUUCAAGUACUUGGGGAAAUUGCUCUCUUGGAAAAGCAGAGGACCAAAGGACUUACUUUGUAGAAUUUGUCUCAUUUCUGCUCUCUCAAGUGCUUUUUUCACCAAUGACACCUCUUGCAUUGUGUUGACUGAAUUUGUGUUGAAAAUUGCAAGGCAACAUAACCUCCCACCCUACCCUUUCCUUCUAGCGCUUGCCUCAAGUGCUAAUAUUGGAUCCUCAGCAACUCCUAUUGGGAACCCCCAAAAUCUUGUCAUAGCAAUUCAAGGUAAAAUAUCAUUUGGGAGGUUUCUAAAAGGUAUUCUCCCAGCCAUGCUUGUUGGGGUUGUAGUGAAUGUUCUAAUGCUCAUAGCCAUGUAUUGGAAGGCACUAACUAUUCAUAAGGAUGAGGAGGAUCCAAUUUCAGAAGUUGUAGCAGAAGAGGAGGUUAUUUCCCACCAGUUUUCUCCACCCACAAUGUCUCACUUCACAUCCUUUAAUUCUCAAGAAUGCAAUGGAAGUUUAGAACCUAUUCAAAACUCUUCUCAAGUUCAUGUUAUGAGAGACCAAUCAACUCCAAAUGUAAGUGAAGUUCAGAUGGUUUUUAGUAGCACAAAGGAUUCCACAACAAACUCCAAGGAGGGGACAAAUGACGCAAAACAGGAAACUAAUCAUUCAAAAGGUGUUGCUGUAGCAGUAGAUAAAGCUAUAGAAGCAAGUGUUGUGCUCUCUUCAGAAGGAAAGGACUAUAUAAAAGUAAAAUGGAAGAGGGUACUAUGGAAGUCUAGUGUUUAUGCAAUCACAUUGGUGAUGUUGAUUGCAAUGCUUCUUGGUUUGAAUAUGGCAUGGACUGCAAUUGCAGCUGCAAUAACUUUGUUGGUUCUUGAUUUCAAAGAUGCAGGAGCAAGCUUAGACAAGGUAUCCUAUGCACUUUUGAUAUUCUUUUGUGGAAUGUUCAUCACAGUGGAUGGCUUCAAGAAAACAGGAAUUCCAAGUGCUAUGUGGGAUUUAAUGGAGCCCUAUUCUCGAAUAAAUCAUGCUAGUGGAACAGCUAUACUUGCUGUCGUUAUACUUGUCCUAUCAAAUUUGGCUUCAAAUGUACCAACUGUUCUAUUGCUUGGAGCAAGAGUUGCAGCCUCAGCUGCUGCAAUUUCCAAAGAAGAUGAGAAGAAGGCAUGGCUAAUCCUAGCUUGGGUUAGCACUAUUGCUGGCAACUUUUCACUAUUAGGAUCAGCUGCAAACUUGAUAGUGUGUGAACAAGCUCGUCGAGCUCCAAAUCAUGGAUACACAUUAACCUUUUGGACCCAUCUCAAAUUUGGCCUUCCCUCCACUCUUAUAGUAACUGCUAUCGGGUUGACGCUCAUAAAAUGAUGAGAAUUUACUACACUCCAAAUAAUGUUGUUGUAGAAGUUCACACAAGCAAAAUCAGUUUAUUGUAAUAUAUUUUAUUGUUAUGUGGGAAAAUAUAGGUAGAUGAACAAGCAAUUUUCUGUUUUUGUGGUUCAUGUCAUCAAAUAAGUAUACGAUUGUGAUGGUCGUCGUAAAAGUUUGUUAGGAAUGCUUUGAAAUUUCAACUUGAGAUAAAUGUUAGUAUGGGAAUUUUGUGAAA